AAAGGUUCGAGGAGGUGCGCUAAACUAACUCUUAAAGUCUCUGCCGACGUUACCAUUCAUUACUACAAGCAACACCAAACAGCUGUGUACAUCACUUCCUGUACUGGUUCUACAUGUGAAGUGUGGUUGAAGAAGCAGCAUUUCAACUUCGAAACGCAACCCUGGAGCAACUCGAAUUGUGAAAGUGAUGUUUAGUAAUUCUGUUGCAUGGAAUAAAUUAUGAAAGGAACCAUUAAGCUAUCCACGAUCAAGAGGGGUGGAAUGGUAAACACCGUCUCGUGCGUUUAGUUGAGCACCAUUCUCGUGAUUGUUCCCAGCCCCUGUCUGCCAGGCCUGGUGGACCCCUCCCUCUUGGAUGUGUCUCUCAGCCCAGAGCGUCCGUCAGAAUGGGACAAUAGCCGCAGUCGCCAUCGGACCUUCCCCUUUCUCUCUUUGCUCUCUGUCUGCCCUGUCCCCACACCCUUCCCCUAACUCUCACACACACACACAGCCAGCCCCUGACUACUCCUCCUCUCACUGUACUGGUUUCGGUCCACUCCCUCUUCCUACCUCUAGCCAGCCUUGUCAAGCCAAACGAAACCAUAAUCCUCUGUAAAAGAUAGGGGCCUAUACAGCUGCCUGUGCUCUCUUUUGUUGUUAGCGGCUGUUUGUUUAGAGGGCCCCAUGAGAGUAGCGGCUAGAGAACACAAGGCAGCACAACAGCACCCAGUCAGCCAUUUUACUGGAAACAAACGAGCUGUGGUGGUGGUUUGGACACUGAUGGAGUUCUAGUAGCAUGAUGUUGGGCUGGCAUCGCCACCACACGCCAUUGAUGAACCAGAGGGCCACCAGCAGACUUUGGAGAUCAACACAUCUCAACUUGUGGUGGGACAAGAGAUUGAAAUAAAGACAUCUAUCUUUUUUCAGGAUACUUUUUUUUUUUGCCUCCAUUUUUUUGCCUCUCCAGUGAUCAGCUAAACCAAAGUGCCUUUCUUGGUUUCUCACUGUGCUUUUACUAUAAACUUGAUCUAACUUAACAUCACACUCCAAUAUCUGAAAAUAGAUUAAAAAAGAAACAUUUCAACAUCUCAAGGAUUUUGCACUUUUCAUUGAUGCAUCAUCAUACCAUUUGCUUGUUGCACUUGUCAUAUCAUACAGUUGCACAAUACUGCCAGUGCACACUUGUUUACAGUAAAAACAUACACCUCCAUUCUGACUGUUGACAAUCCCCCCCCUUAUUUCACCAGGCCACAAAGUAAGCAUUCUCUCGCAGCGUUCCUCUAGUGUAGGUUGCUAGGACUAACGAAGCCAAACCUAUCACCAAACCGCUCUCCAAGUUCCUUGUGACGCAGAGCCGGCGAAAUGGCGACGUGGCUACAGUCAAAAUGGCGCUACCUGUUCAUGUUCCUGGGUGUCCAGCUGGUCGUCAUGGCACUGCUGUCCCGUGAGGGCUACCACAAGCGAGUGUCAUAUUUCAUCAGGAUUUUCCGCAAGCUGGAGACCACUGCGACGGGGACGUCCGGUGCCGGCUCGCCCCACGCACGCAAUCACACGGGCAGUGACGUCUAUGCCAACUUGUCCCUCCUGGCCAAGGCCCACGGCCGGGGCGAGGACAUGCCCUACUGCCCCAAGACGUCUCCCCUGAUAGGUGGACCGAUCCACGUCAGCUUUCCUUCCGGGUUGACGCUGGCCCAAGUUGCGCGGAAGAAUCCAUUGGUGGUCCUCGGGGGGCGCUACAGGCCGCCUGACUGUGAGGCGCGGCACCGCACCGCCAUAAUCAUUCCCCACAGAAACCGGGAGCACCACUUGAAGUUCCUCCUCUACUACCUUCACCCAUUUCUACAGCGACAGCAGCUCAACUACGGCAUCUACAUCAUCCACCAGGCUGGUAACUACACGUUUAACCGGGCCAAGCUGAUGAACGUUGGGUUCCGGGAGGCCAUGCGGGAGGAGGACUGGGACUGCCUGUUCUUCCAUGAUGUGGACCUCAUCCCUGAGGACGACCGCAACACCUACAUGUGCGACGCCAACCCGAAGCACGCCGCCAUCGCCAUGGACAAGUUUGGAUACAAGCUGCCUUACAAGAUGUAUUUCGGAGGGGUGUCCGCGUUGUCUCCACUGCACUACCUGAAGAUGAACGGCUUCCCCAACAACUACUGGGGCUGGGGAGGAGAGGACGAUGACAUUGGAGUCAGAGUAUCCCUAGGAGGGAUGUUCAUCUCUCGUCCAUCGGUGAAGGUGGGCCGAUACAAGAUGAUCAAACACAAGCUGGACAAGGGAAACGAUGUGAACCCCAGGAGGUUCAACAUGCUGGCCAAGACCCGUCAGACGUGGAAGCUGGACGGCAUGAACACUGUGGAGUACGAGGUGCUGUCACGUGACCACUUCCCCCUCUACACCAACAUCACUGUGCACAUCGGCACCGAGGCCGGCCUGCAUGCCGUGGCGCCGUCGCCCAAGAUCCUUGCCAAAGCCCCAGAAAAGCCGCCAGUCGAAGCCCCCACCAAACCUCCAGCCAAGCUCCAACAGGAACAACAACGGAACCAACCCACGAACCACUGACUUGGACCACCUUUACCCACUCCACUCCCAUCCACCACCGACUCUUCCCUCCUAACUUAUACCUGGGAGCAGGGAUGUGAGAGGGGGCCCUGGACCCUUAAAUCGCUCCUUUCUUUGCCUUCACACCUCAUAGCAACGCCUACAGUGGGGAGAGGUGGGUGGCUCCCCCUAUUGGACUAUAGGCCAUUAUACACACAUGCCUUUUCCUUCUGUUCCUUCCUCUGGUUUGAUCAGCAUUCUCAACUGAGACUUUAACAAUAGCAGAGACUGAAUCGAAGACCAAUGCUCUCCACUGCCUAGAUAGAAUCUGUGGGCCGAGGCUUUGUCUGCCUAUAUGAAUUACUGUCACAUUCUCCACUCUAGUUGUGAUUCUCGAGCUUGUCCAGCUAUGUCUCACCACUCCACUGACUGACUCUGUGAAAGGGACUUAUGGUAGAGGACAGGAAAAAAGACUGACUCUAUGAGUUUAUAUCGCUGCCAAAAAACCCUGUUGCCUUAGAAAUACCUGUCUUGUUCUAUUUGUCCUUUUAGUAGAACUUCAGGUCGAGGGUUAUGAAUGGAACCGGUUUCUAGUGAUAGCAAGAUUAGGGGAUAGAAUAAAUAAAUGAAAAACCAUUUUAUGCUACUGAUAUUGCAAUAGCAUAUGGGUCUUUCUGCUGAUUAGGUGGCUUUUGAGUAGGAGAACUUGAUUUCACCCAAUUUUAACAUUCUGCCAUAAAGAGCACAAAACACGGUUUCCCAUCUUGAGGUAAAAAUUAAAGAAAUGACCAUGGUAGGUGCCAAAUAAAGUAACAGAGUUGACCGUAACCGGGUUAAGUCAGCCAUAAAUCCCCUUGUGACCGAGCGAAUGGAAGCUUGUUGUGUGCAACAGGGAGGGGCAAUUGAAUGCAAAUUCAAUUGUUCAAACAUUUCUAGCCUGUUUAUUUAUGGGUAAAAGGGUAGACGUGUUAUGUUCUACCUGCUCUGUUUUCCAACAAAAAACACCUGACAAUGGCCAGAAAGAGUAGAACCAGCUCACCUGCUUGUACACUAUAAUUUGACUAUUAGAUGUUCAAUCUUUCUUUUUAAAUAAAAUAUUUCAAGAGGAAUUUCACCAUAUUAAAACGAGAGUUCAGUUCACUUUUUUUUCUUUAAAAUGAAUCACUAAUCACAUUAAGUCAUUAACUCUUCAGAAAUUACAAAAUAACUAGGGCUUUCAAAUAAUGGUGAGGUAAAGUGGGUUAAAAUCUUCCCAGAAGUCACAGGAUGCUUAGAGGGAUAUGUCAAAAUGCUGAAUUUUGGCAGUUUAAAAAGUCUUUAUUAAAUCAGAUUUAUUACAUUUUCCUUGUGGUCAGUAUUAAAGGACACUUCAUUUAAUUGAACAGGGUUUUAAUAUUUAAUUUCUACUUAAUAUAGCAAAGGGACACAAGGCACUAAUUUCAGAACGACCCAUAUGUAACUGGUUUUACAGUUUAAUAUUAUACGAAGUGAAGCUGCUACCCUGAAUAUUGACAGGGGUAAGUGCUGUUUGCAAUUAGCGUGGUAGUCACUCCCUGGACCGUCUUCAUAAAGCAUCUGAGUAGGAGUGCUGAUCUAGGAUCAGGUCCUCCGUGUUCUUAUCAAAUUCAUUAUGAAAAAGGCAACAAUGAUCCUAUAUCAGAACACCUAGUCUGAAGCACAUGCACAAUACAGGCCCUGAAUAUCAGGCUGAUUAUUGAAGGAUUUUCUUACAGUAUGUUCACAGUUCUGGCACAUCUUUUUGGUAUGGUUGGGUUUCAUCUUAUCACUACAAUCAGAAUGUCUUUUCUCCAGUUAUCUCCUUCAAUCUCUAGAUUGCAUUGACGUGGGGUUGCAUUUUGCCUUGUCAAAUAGAAUAGGUGCGGGUGACAUGAUCAAUGCACUGCCUUCAGGUGGGCUGGCUAUAUUCACAUCAGAAUGGUGGUUUGUCAUUGUCUUUUAUCUUAUUGUUUGUUACCUUAUGGAGCUUUUAUGUUGGUUUCCUAUGAUUUGUCAAUGUAGCUUAAAACUGAGGGAUUCAAGUCCUAGUGUGGCUCAGUCGGUAGAGCAUGGCGCUUGCAACGCCAAGCGUCGUGGGUUCGCUUCCCACUGGGGCCACCCAUAUGCAAAAAGUAGUGGCCCCAGCCGACUUGUAAGUCGCUUUGGACAAAAGCGUCUGCUAAAUGGGAUAUAUUUUUAUAUAUUUUAUAUUUAGUGGGCUCUCCAUAGUCAGAGAAUUGGGAUCCAUCUCCAUACUCUAAAUUGGCUGAAUGAUUUGAAAACCAGGAGAGCUGAAAACCAGGAACUUUGUCCAUGGAUGACCAGAAACCACUAUAAUUAAUUAGGUCUAUAAACGGAGUCAGGCACUGGUAAGUGACGUGGAAACUAGUGGUUGUAGUACACUCAUUGGUUGUACUGAUUCUGCUGAAGCACUGAUUUUAAAGAUUGAUAUAGGUAUACUGGGUUAGCAUUUACAGCAUUUCUCCACUAGCCAUUCUUUCAACAUAUUACUUUUUUUAUUUUUUGCUAUCUAAAAUCUGUCACCCUUAGAAUUCCCCAGUGCAAUGUACUCCUCACUGCAUGGCUUGUCCCCUGACUUUCCUCUUUGCAUGCUGUCUGGACCCCCUGACCAAUAUGAUUGUUUACACUAGAUCCCUACUAGGAAUUGAACCUCUGUGUGUACAUUACAUAGAGGACUCAGGCCUCUUGGCUGAAACCAAAGAUGGCUUCGAGAGAAAGCAUUGGAUGCCUGAUAGUUGUGCUGGCGGUUGCAUGCUGACAUGGGAAUAGAUAGGAUUCCACUUACUCCAGUAAUGCUGAGGUUUUUGUGUAUGUUCUACUAUCUGAUCUAUGAAUCUCUUGACCUUUUCUACUCCAUAUGAAGCCUGAUUAUGCAUGACACACAGACCCUGUAUUAGAUGAGUGGAAUGUACAGAAAACCACACACAGACCACUGUGACAGGAAUUCACAUUUGAGUUUCCAGAAGCAUGCUGAAGUGUAUGCUUGUGUAGUGAUUCGUAAGACGUAUGCUAUAUGUACCUUUUAACACUUCAUGUAGUGGUUUAUUAUAUAUCAUGCUAUUGCAUUAUGUCUAUUUGUGCUCUGCAGUUUGGUUCAGUUGAUGUAUAGCUUGACUUUCACUCCAUUAUGAUGUGGAUACGCUGUCCAGGGUGACAGCGCCAGAAGAUGGAGCUCACCACAGGGCAUUGAAAAUGUAACAAGGACAAUGUGAUACUGUAUUUCUGAUUUUUAAUUCCUCUAUCAAUGAAGUCUGCACAGUCCAGAGUGGCCUUAUACAAUGAUUAAUAAACAAAAAGAUUAGUCAAAGUUCCUUCUGACUGGA